UUUUAUUUCUAUCGAAAAUUUGCGAGAAAUGUGUUCAAGUUAAAAGUUCGUCAGUCGGCAAGGCUCUUAAAAUUUGUGUAUUUGCAUAAGAAAAUAAUGCACAUAAAGGCAUUUUAAAUUAAAUUUAUAAAUUCACAAAUCAAUUGGCAUUGUUACUUAAAUUAUAAUCAUCAUUUAUUAUUAAUUUAGAGGGAUUGAUAAAGCAACAAAUUCACAAAAAUGCCAAGAAGAAGGGCAAAUGUACCUGCCCCCACAGCGGGGAAAGUAGAUUUAACAAAACUUCCUGCCCGAGUUGACCGUGUUAUAGUAUCAGGUCUCUCGCGAACACACAAUGAUUAUGUUAUGAAAGCUGCCGAAGGUCUAUUCAAAGUCACAAAUUUUCAAGAUGUCAUGCUUGAGGCCAUGAAUGCAAAUUCCUAUUUAAACGAAUUGGGCAUAUUUAAAGAAGUUAAUAUAAAAAUCGAUGUUAGCCAUGCACCAGAUGCUACCCCAAAUGGCUAUGAAGUUACAUUUAAAGGCAAAGAGUUGUCUCGUUUAGUUGGAUCAAUCGGGACAGAAGUUGGUCAAAAUGAAGGUUCUUUAAGAACUGAAUUGACAAUACCAAAUAUCUUCGGUAGAGGAGAAAGUUUAGCCUUGCAGGGUUCCUAUAGUAGUACACGAGCAAAUGAUGUUACAUUAAAGUUUUGGAAAUCAUUCUUUCAUACAAGGCUUUUUGAAAAUAGACCAGAAUUUUCAUUAUCAGUAUUUCGACAUAUUGACCGAAUGGAUAUUAGCUCGUUUCAAAAUUCCAACCUGGGGUUAAUGGGAGACUUUUCAAUAAGCACAUUUUUCCCCUUUCAGCUUCGUCACUCCUUCCAAUAUGAAUCUUCUGUUCGAGAGAUCUCUAUCCUAGGCAAAUCAGUACCAUUUGCAAUUCGAGAACACUGCGGCCCAAGAUUAGCCUCAGUUCUACGCUACAUUGUCGGCUAUGACCAGCGAGACAAUCCAGUAUUUCCUAGUCAAGGAAUAAUGGUCAAGUCAACAAGUGAAUACAGUGGACUGGGUGGUAAUAUUUCCUACAUGAGUAACAACACUCACGCUGAAGUGAGUGUACCUGUAAUUGGAGGAAUUGUGGCGCAACUUUGUGGACGAAUAGGAAUUGUAAAUCCAACUAAGUCAUCGAGUGAUUUACCAAUAAGUAAUUUAUUCUAUGUUGGUGGACCACAAACGCUAAGAGGUUUUCGAUUUGGAGGGGCUGGCCCUCGAGUGGAUGGCACAGCUAUUGGAGCACAGAGCUACUGGUCAGCUGGAUUUCAUUUAUGGAGUCCACUCCCAUUCAGUGGAGUAUUUAAAGGCUUAUCAAAUAAUUUCCGAACUCAUCUAUUUUAUAACCUUGGCAAUUUCAAUUCAUUUACAACUGAAAACAUGCGAAGUGCUGCUGGUAUUGGACUUGCAUUUAAAUUAGCCCAACGUGCCCGUAUCGAACUCAACUAUUGUGUACCAAUACAAAAAUACCAGGGUGACAAGACAGUCAAUGGUUUCCAAUUUGGAAUUGGUUAUGAAUUUGUCUAGUCAAAUAGUUGUUUUUGUUUUAAGAAAUUUGUUGUUGUUUUCUUUAAUUUUGUGUUCAACGAAAAAAGGAGCGUUACUAAUUUUACCUGAAGAUUCUAUAACAUUAGACGUUAAAAAAAAAAAAAACGUUGCAAACACGCCGCCACCGCCGACCCUGACCAUGGAUGAUAAUUUUUAUUUUUAAUUAAAAAAAAACAGAAACGAAAGUAAAAGAAAUUUAAUGCAUUUUUAGGAAGAAAAAAAAAAACGAAGAGAUAUUGUAGUUUUAUAUUUAGUUUGUCCCCCCGCGCUAAUGUUGCAAUUUAAUGUAAAAAAAACCCAAGAAAAAAAAUUCAAACUUAUAUCAUCACAAAAUGCAAAUAAAAAGAGAAAAAAACCUAUCAUACAACACAGCUACGUAUGACAAUUGAAA